AAAAUUAGUUUUGAGGCGAGAAAUUCCUGUAUGUGGAAAGAAAAAUCAUUCCCUGAUAAUCUAAGGGAGUGUGACCUGUAAGGUGCUACUGGUUCUCUAAUUUAUAAAAGAAAACAUUUAGCACAAGGAAAUGGCCCGGAACAUAUGUGCUUGCUCUGAUUCAUACAGUGAGUGCAGUGACGACUUGUCUGAGGCAGGAACUGAUGAAUGGCUGGAAAUGCAAGAGCUGAAAAAUGAUCUUAACGAGGAGUGGCGAGCCCUUGAAGAUUUCACUCGAGCCAGGCAGAUUCUGAAGGAGGCACUUCAGAGUGUGCAGUGUCCAUCUUCAGAAGAAACUUCCUGUGUCUGCCCUAGUCCACGGUAUCAGCGUCCACAGAGACAUGGAAGAAAUCUGAAGGAGCAAAUGUUCAACGUACGGAGACAGAAGAUUCCUUCAGCCAUUCAAGAAUAUGAGGAACCUGAAGAUGAGGGCCUCAGUGGAAUGGCUCCUCGAAUAAUUGCAUCAAUUUUGCACAUGGAAGAGAAAGGCAUGCCACUGGACCAAUCUCCAGAAACAGUCUACAGUUACUUGUUUAACGAGCAACAAGAAGAACCUGUACUGAUAACAGGACCAGCAGCACCAUCUCAUCCAAAGGAUAUUGUAGUUCCUCUAUCUGUGCCUUCAGAAACCCAACUAUGUGAAAGUGUACACAAUAUUGGCAUAGCUGCUUCAGCGGUGAGUUCUGCAUCAAACCGGCCAAAAGAUUCCAUUUUUUCAGAACACAUGCCGAAGAUUCCUGGAAAAGGGACAGAAGAAACUGCAGAACAGCGUUCAAUAGUGCAACCUGGUCUGGAUUUCAACCUUCAGACACAACCAUCACGGAAUGUGACGAAAGUUCAAAUACGUGGUUCAGUCCUUCCACCCUGGUUUCCAGGCUUGCUGCCAUCUUCAGAUAAAAUUCAUACAAGACAUUAAACUAAAAUGUGGAAUGAUGCAUUCCUUUGGUGAUUUGAAGCCUUCCAUCUAAUCAUGGUAUGAUAGCAAAACAUCACCGAUUGUAUACCACAAUAAGCUACAGUAGCAGCACGAAGUGUUUGGUGCGGUCCGAGACAAUUUUCCCACCGUGGUCCAAGACAACUUUCCCACCGUUAGUGUAUUUGUGACUUUGCAAAACAGCAGAAUUUUUGGCUACUCUGUGAUAAUCUACUUACUUCUGGGAGAGGUGAUUAAUCAUCCUAUUAAAUUUACUUGGUACACUGUUUUCAUUUUUGAUGAAAUUUAUAAACAGUUCCAGCAUAAAACCUGACAACAUGUUCCUAAACCUAAUUUACUAACACCACAAAGCCCUUUGCAUGUAUAUGUUACAAUUGAUAUUAUCUUCCAUAUCAUAAGGAAUUAGCCUUGUACACUAUUACAGCAGGAAGAGAGAAACAGAGACAACAGCACCUGGAUAGUUCUGUGACAAAAUGCUUGUUUCUUGAAGCAGCUUUUGCAUUCACAACUGGUUUGAAUCACACUGGAGAUGAGGUAUAAGCCAUUUCACUUUGUUCCAUCAAGCUUCCAAUAGCCAAAAUAAAAUUCAGUAACGACAUCAAUAGGAAAUCAUGUUUGGUACUGAUAUUGCUUCUGCUAGUGCUGCUGGUCCUGCUGUGUAGACUGAACAAUCAGCUUCAUCAGAUGUAUGAUAGAGAUAUAGACUGUUGGAGCAAUCCACUUUCUGGAUGUACCGGUCAAUGAACAAUAGAUGAUACAUUGAGCCCCAGUGGUAUUAAUGCUCAUACAUAUGGCUCAUUACCUCACACACAGGAAGUUUCUUAUGAGAAAUACAAGGUCUGAAAACAGUGUUUCAGAGAAACUGUUAACUGGAAAGGCAGAUCUGAGGAGUUUUACACUCCACAACGAGAGCAUGACCUAUGGAGACAGAAGAAGAAUAUUAAAAAGAAAUGGCCACGGCCUUUGUCCUUACAUUGUCAUUUUAUCAGAGACGUUAGGAUGGAUUCUCAGACAUCAUCAGGUCAAGACAGUUGUCUACCUUCUGAUUAAAACUAGGACACCACUAUAUAGCAUCAAGGAUGAUCUCUCACUAAGUAAGACCAAGGUAUACCAAAUCCCCAACCGAUCUGGAAUGAAAUAUAUAGUUGAAAUUGUGCACAUUCAAAUAUUACUGUUGUGAACGCCAGCGACAUUCAUUUACUACUGCCGAACAAGUUGACAGUUCCAAGCACUGUUUGCCUGAAAUGCGUAUUACAGAAUAUGACCCCACCAGGACAUUGGCCAAACACUCAAAACAUCCAAAUAUUGAGACUGUGUCAUGAAAGAAGCAAUUCAAACAAGAACCAAGGAUCAACUGGUAAGCAAUGUCUGUGGCUACAUUCUCAGUAAGGUCUGGGAACCUGUCCUAAGCACAUUUAUGGAGAAGAAUGAAGUACUAGCAAACUCAUUGAACACUGACUAGCUGCUGGUGCCUAUGGAAUGCCGGACAUGGGGGAAUGGAGAUGAGUAAUCUGCUUGCCUCCACCAGGUCACCUCAUCAAGUGCACCUGAUUAAGAUACCUCUAUGAUCUGGCCAUUUGGAUCAAAGCUCUUUACUUGUUGACUGGUCAUACUAUCUUUAUUUAGUGUAUGGCUACAUCACUACAAAUUAAUAUUUACAAUUAUCUUAAAUUACAAACUAAUAUCUAGGCCACAAAUGUAGUCUAUUGACCCCUCUGUCAUCGCCAGCAACUCUUUUUUAUCACUUUUAUCACUAGGGAAGCUUUCAGAGAGCACCCUUUAAUUAUAUGGUGAACAGUCUGCUUUGCCACAGUCACACCUUGGAUAAAUUAUUUUCUUCCACCUGUGAACAGAAUUGGGACAUCUUGCAGUGUUGAAUAUUAUUCAGUUAAGAACUAACCACACAUUCUGUGGCAAUUCAAAGCCAGGUUACUUUGUCAAUAUGCAUAUCAUCUCAUGUUGUUAAAUUGGUUGGUUGGUAGGACUGGAGAAGGGACCAGACUAUGCAGUCAUCAGUCCCUCCGACCAUGGAAUAACCAAAACCAAU